CUGAAUAAUUAUAUUUUGCUACUUUCGUGUACAUUUUAACCAAUUUAUAAUUACUUAAUACGUUUAAUUUUACGCGUCGCCGUCAUUAAUAUAGGAUUUUAAAAAUAUUAUUGGUGCUCUAAUAACUUAAGUGUUUACAAUAUAAACAGUAAACGUAUUUAAAUUAAUUUGUAGGGUUUACAUUUAACCUGUGGACUUUGUAGUGUUGGAAAAUCUGCAAAAUAAAUUGCUUCUUGAAGUUUCCAUGCUGUAUACGGAGAGAUGGACGAUCUACAGAAUCAAACAGAUACAACAAGCAGCGACCAGACCAACACGAGCGCGACAUCGUACUGCGAGUUGACGGUGGCUACGGGCGCUGGUUGCGGAGCGUGCGCGGUGACGUCAGGCGGCGCGGGCGGCGGCUGGGCGGACGCUGGCGCCGCACACCCUGCACACACUCCACAGCUGGAGCCGCUUGUGCAGCCCUCCCACUCCCAUUCUCAUCAUGGCCGCCGCAAGAGGAAGAACUUCAGCUCCGAGGAGUACGAGAUGUCGGGCUGUGAGAGCGCUAUAUCAGCACCGGCGAGCAUCACGCGAAAGCGGAAGUCGUCCACAUACAGGAACAACGCUUACGAGGAUGAUCCUGGUGAUGACGCGCGCUCCACUCGUACACUGCCCGAUAAGAAGCAAAACCACAGCGAAAUUGAAAAGCGGAGACGAGACAAAAUGAACACGUACAUAACAGAGUUGAGUUCCAUCGUUCCUAUGUGUGGUGCGAUGGCUCGCAAGCUGGACAAGCUGACGGUCCUCAGGAUGGCUGUGAGGCAUCUCCGAUCGGUCCGGGGGGCACUCUCAGCCUGUCCCUUAACAGCACGGCCUAGGCCCGCGUUCCUCUCCGAGAGGGAACUGAAUGCCCUCAUCUUGCACCUCGCGCACGAUUGCUUUCUAUUAGUAGUCGGCUGCGAUCGUGGAAGAUUGAUAUAUGUGUCAGCAUCUGUCAGUAAUAUGCUGCACUAUGAACAGUCGGAACUGCUAGGACGGAGCCUGUUUGACAUCCUGCAUCCGAAGGACGUGGCCAAGGUGAAGGAGCAACUGUCAUCAUCAGAUCUUAGCCCUCGUGAGCGGCUCAUCGAUGCUAAAACGAUGUUGCCCGUGAAGCCAGACGUGGUGGCAGGUGCUUCACGACUGAGCCCCGGCGCCCGGCGUUCAUUCUUCUGCCGUAUAAAGUGUCGCGUCCCCCCGGACACAGCUGCAACGUCCCCAGCGUCUGUUAAGGAGGAAACCGAAACGCCUAGAAAGGUCCGAAAGAAGAACAACGAUAAGAAGUAUUGUGUGGUGCAAUGUACCGGAUAUCUCAAGUCAUGGCCGCCAGCGGAAAUCAAUGAAGGCGGCAAUGGCGUGGAGGGAGGCGAGGACGGAGAUACGUGCAACUUGUCCUGCCUCGUAGCGGUAGGGCGCGCCCUACCAGACCUAGCCCCGGAGCAAGUGCCCCGAGCCCCACCGCCGCCCCACACGGCCCCACCAACCAGGCGGCUCCAGUACGUGUCCAGGCAUGCCACCGACGGCAAGUUCCUGUUUGUCGAUCAGAGAGUAACAUUGGCCCUGGGUUUCCUGCCUCAAGAACUGCUCGGCACCAGUCUGUACGAGUAUGUCAGCGGUCCAGAACUUGGUGCUGUCGCCCGAACCCACAAGACUGCGUUGUUACAGCGUCACGCGCUCCACACGCCGCCAUACUCGUUCAAGCGCAAAGAUGGCACGCUGGCUAGAAUACAGACACACUUAAAACCCUUCAGAAACCCGUGGUCCAAGGACGUGGAAUGCCUGGUGGCGAACAAUACCACUCUAACAGAAACACUCGAGCCGCUGACUGAAGAAGAACCACACUCGUCCUACGACAUGUUCAGACAUAAAGAUCAGGGCGAUGAACUGGAGCCCAUAGAGAGUGGGGUGUCAGAAACGGACAUGGAAAUGCAGCGACUUAUCGACGCCCAGAUGGAUUCCCACAAGAUCGGCAGCGCUAUCGCCGAUGAAGCCCUCAGGCGGAGCUCAUCUGAGUUCUCGCCUGAUCUACCUGCAGACCUGCUUCAGGAUACGGUAUUCAAUCAACAGACAUCACUCGUGGACAAUAUCUUCGACGUGGGUACCUUCAGCCAGGUUCGGAACAACGUGUCUCUCAGCUCGGCCGGUGCUGACAGUUCACCACCGCCCACCACCAGCGAAUCGAUGCCAACCGGUACUCCGCCCCUCGAAUCACCCCCUCUACCACCGCUAGGGAUCGACGGCAACGGCGAAGCAGCUAUGGCGGUAAUUAUGAGUCUACUAGAAGCCGACGCGGGACUUGGAGGUCCCAUAAACAUAUCAGGCCUGCCGUGGCCUCUGCCAUAAACAGAUAGUGUAUAAGCCGGCGCCAAACAUAGCUUCAAAUCUAACUUUUAUUUCGUAUAUCGUAUAUAGGAAAGGGUUACAGGAAUUGUUUACACUGGUACCAACUGACGAAUUUCAUCAACACAUAAUCUGCCACAGAUUUAAAUUCAGCGCUAAACAUCUGUAUAAACGAUGGGACACAAACGUCUGCUAAUCCAGAAACUUUGCACACAGUGUGGUAAUACUGUGGAAUCCAAACCUAUAAGAUAAAAAAUCAAAUAAAAAAAUUCUUAAAAGUCACCUUAUAGCCACAUCUGCAAUGGUAACGUGCUCUUACGCGCAUUGAGUGCGUACCAACUGUUUGCUUAUUCUUUUGUUUUUCUAUCAUGUGUUCAAAUAUUUGUUAAAAGAUCUUCAAAUAUGCAUCCAAACCUUUGAAGCUGUGGCUGGUGCGGAAGUUAUUUUAGUUUAUUAUCCAAACAGGGUCUUUCGCUGUGGAUAAUAAAACUAAACUCACUGGUAUUUAAUAUUUUUCUUAUUUAUAUAAAUGACAAAUAGAAUUAUUGAAGACGAGCAACGUCGCUGUAUUUAGGUUUAAAAAAAAAUAAAACAAUUAUUCCUUGGCUAAAAAAAGUUCUAAAAGAAUGUCACAGA